AAAAAAUACUUUAAACCUGCAGCAGGAAACCAUGCCCAGGCAGUGCAUUUGCAAUAGCAGGGGGAUUCCGUAGGUUAAAUGGAUGAAGUUUUAGAUAAAGAAAUAGCAGCGUAUUCCUUACAAAACUCCUCAGAAGCAUUGCUAUCUAUUCAGUUACUGGAUUUCAAAACAACAUUUCUGGAGGCUGUAGAAGAGUUGCGUAUGAGAAGGGAUUCAGAAAAUCUUUAUGAAAAACAAAUUAGCAGACAUGUUGCUGAAAAACAGGACCUUGUAUGGCAGAAGGAAGCUGUUCAGCAUGAGAAAGAAGCAUUAAAGAAGCAGCAUGCAGAAGCCAUUACAACUUUAAAAAAACAAUUUCAAGCAAAAAUGAUUGCUAUGGAAGAAGAAAAGGGAAAACAUCUGCUUGCUGUGGAAUCAAAAGAGAGAGAAGUGGAAGGACUGAAAGAAACAUUUAAAAACUUACAGAUUUCAAAAUACAUGUUGCAAAAGAAGCUUAAUGAAAUGGAGCACAAGAUGCAGUUGUACAAUUCAUCAAAGGAAGAUUAUCAGAAAAGACUGAAUAAAUUUGAAAAAUGCCAUGCAGUUAUAAUGAAUCAAUUUGAAAUAAUAAAAGGUGCUCAUGGGAAAUUAGAAAAAAAUGUUGUGGAAGCAAUUCAGCUCAAUAAGAACUUGUCAGCAAUUAAUACAACACAAGAGUCUGAGAUAAAUAACCUAAAAAAGGAACUAAGGAAAGUUACAUCAGAUGUGAUAAAAUCCAAGGUUACCUGUCAAUAUAAAGUGGAAGAAGAUCUCAAUAUAAAAGCAAAGGAAUUGGAGCUACAAAUACUACAACAAAAAAAUUCAAUGGAAGUAGAUUUAAAUGGAAAAAUCACGGAAGAAAUUGCAAGACUUAAAGAAGAGAAACAGGAGAUUAUGGUUUCUCUACAACAUAUGCAGCAACUGCUCUGCAGACAGACUGAAAGAAAUAACAGAAUUGAGGUGGAGUUGAAUAAACUAAAAGAAGAAUAUCAGGUAGAAAACAUGUCUAAUGAAAAUAAAGAACAAAAAGAUGAUAAAUAUACACAAACUACAAUGGAAUUUUUUAAGGAACAUGAACAAAAAGAAAAUGGAAGAAACAAUAAUAUGGAGAUAGACAGUGGUAUAAACGUAAGGGAAAAGCAUUCAGAAUAUUUUGAAGAAUUGGAGCAUUCUAUUGAUUACCUGGGUGCUGGUGUUGCAAAUGACUGCAUUUCUAGGAGUACUGAAAAUACUAACAAUGCAAUCCAUGAGGAAGAUUACUUGACAAAUAAAGGAAUCAGUGAGAAGCCUAAAGAACAAAUUAAAAUUACUUGUGAGAAAACUGCAAAUAACCAUAUGAAAUCUGAAAUGGAUUCUGUAUUGUUACCAGCGAUCAACACAGAUGACUUGGAUAAGUACAAUGAUACUAGUAAUGCAGGAAAAACAUCAUCAAAACUUCAUAUAUCUUCCAGUCAGAAUAUAGGUAUAAAUAUUCAUAUCAAUGAAAACAUUAAUGAUCUACUUUUGGGAAGAGCUUUAAGUAUUGAAAAUUCAGCUAGAGGUGUACAUGAAAUGCCUAGCAAACACUUUGAUAAAUACAGUUCCGACUUGAAAGAAGUGAAUACAAAGGUUUUGUUCCGGGACUCUCAAGAUAUACCUGAGUCUGAAAUUGGAGACAUGAAAAUUAAUGAAGUUGCCAAAGAUAAACAGAUAAAUGUCCAUACUUCCAAAGACAACAGUGAGCAAUUUAUUGAAUUUUUUAAUGAAGAAAAAGAAAGAGAAAAAACAUUGCAUACAAUAAUUAGGAAAAUAACUGUGGAAGAAAGCACAAAAAAAUCGUGUUCUUUGCUCAUGAAGACAACAGAAAAUUUAAUAAACAGAAAUGGAAGGCUAUCCUGUGACCUUCCAGUUACGGAUGAAAAAACAGAAUACUUAGAUUUAUCAAGAAAAUGUCAAGAUGAAGUUCAAAUACUGCCUCUCUCUUUGAAGGAAAGGCCUCUCUCCCAAGAAAUAAAAAAUUCUCAGAGCUCAGGAAGAAUUGAUAAGAUUAUAAACAUACAUAGUGAUUUAAGACAAGAAACGCCAGUUUCCGGUUGCAGUAAUAGAAAUGCUGACUCUUUGAAUACCGGAACUAUUAAUCCAAUCCCCAAGAGACAUCUCAGUGCAGAAUGGAAUGCAAUAGCAAACAAUUUUUAUGAUCCUUCUUUUCCCACAGAACACAAAAUGAAGCUUGAGAUUACAAGGAAUCAAUGCUUAAGACCCAAGAAGCACCGUGGAAAGCAAAGCUCUGGCAUUGUAUGGGCAUAUACUUCUGCAGAAUUUAUAUUCUCCGCAGCCCAAUCCAGAAUGACAAAGAAGGGCAAGGGACUAGAGGAGAGAAAGCAUACUUGCAGCCGGCUACAAUGGCUAAAGGAUAUGGGCACUUCCUAA